AUGUGAUUUUUCCGCAUAAAUGAACAUGAAAUCGUUGAUAAAGUCAUAGUGUCAUCAAGAACCAUCAGCUCUAAAAAGAAGACUCUACUCUAUGAACAAUAUGGAUGCCGAACCUGUAAGAAAACAACGUUAUGUUUAUGUUGCACCGACACCGCCACCAGAAAUGAUCGAUUCAAGCAGUUAUACAAUUUCGUUCGGCGAUAGAAAAUUUUUACAACUAGGACUGAAUCCAAAGGAGGACUUCAAUAUUACGGUAUAUAUUAUUACUCCUUCACGAUAUAUUAGCAUGUCAACAGAAUUUUUGAAUACUAUUUACGGCAUGAUGAAUGAAAUAAAUAUAUUUUUACAAUCAUCUCCGGUUAGAAACGAAAACAAUAUUUUAUGCCGAAAUGAAUGUUUCAAAUUAUCUAAAACAUUAUAUCGUGAUUCAGUACAUUUAGUAUUAGAAUCCGCGACGACCGAAGGAUGCCGUGUUUUAUUAAAUAAAGAAAACAUUCAGAUACUUAAACAAAUGGAGUGUACUAUUAACAGUGCAAUAUCAAGAAAAUUAAAAACACGUUUACUAUUAAGCCAUCAAAUAGACCGCAUUAUACAAUACGCCGACGGUAAAUGGUCGGGCCCUAAAAUUCAACAAUCAAACAAUGAUGAAAUGGUUAAUUUUAUAAGAAGUUUGAAUGAUAUAGAAAUAGGUGACAGUAAUUACAUAAGCGAGCUGAAAAAUUUAGCAUACAAUGUAAUAGUUGAUCGAUGGGUCAAGCCAUGGUCCGAGGGCACGCUUCAAAUUAAUGAAAAAGAAGAAGAAAUGUGCGAUGAAAAUGAUGGACCAACAUUUUUCAAUACAACAGUGUAUACCCAAGAAAAUAGUUAUAGUCCAUGGGCUUCACAAUGGCCGAAACCCAAUCACGUCAGAAAAUUAACUUAUAUUAAUAAUUUAUAAACAAUAACUUUAUAUAUUGUACUAGUUUCUUAUAAUAAACUUAUAAUCUAAAAAUAAAAACAGUGUUGUUAUUUGUAUAUAAUAUAUUUAUUUUAUAAUAAUAAUAAUAAUUACAAGGUUAAUAAUAAAUGUUUACAUAAACAUGUAAAAAAUGAUAAAAUAUACGGAGGGUACCGUCAAAAGGUGUAUAUGUAAAUACAUUGUCUGAAAUUACUAUAGCAUAUGCAGUUGUAUUAGCAGGGAACGCGGAUGAUGCUUCAAUUUCAAUACGUAGGUUAAAAGACGGGACUGUAAUUUUGUCGGUCUGCUUUGACAUAUCAAUCACUGCAAUAGAAUUAUUAUAAUGAUAUUAAAAAAUAAUAUUAAAUAUGGUUAAAUUAAAAACAUCUAUACAUUUGGCGGUUAAAUAACAAGGUAUUUGUAUGGUGGAUUUGUACCGCACAUAUUUGUACAGUAUUCAUUAUCACAUGUAAAAAAUGUUAAAUUUCAUGAUGUAAAAUAGAAUAUGUGCAUGAAAAAACUAUGUUUAAAGAUCUAUACCUGUUCUUGUACUUUAUCCUGUCACAUGCAUAACACUAGAAGCAAUUGAUAAUUAUGUUACCCUUAAUGUAUAUUAUUAUUAAUAUUAUAUACAAAAUAUAAAAAAAAAAAAAAAAAUUAACUUACAACAAAACAAACUUAUUAUUUACAAAUUAUAAAUACCACUCUGAAUAUUCAUCUACAGUCUCGUCAUCCAAAUUAAAAUUAAGAUAGGUAAUGGGGGUGCGAUAGUAUGUCGGUACCAAAUUCGCCAUAUGCUGAGUCGAGUUAAGCUCAGUUAAACCUAUGUUUAAUAUUCAUAAUCAUAAUCUUACUUUAAAUCUAUAUUGGCUAAUAUGAAUCGUCAAAUGAAAACCAGUUUCAAUGCUAAU